AUGACAAUUGACACUGAAUUUGAUAAAAAGCAUAUCUGGCAUCAAUAUUCUUCACUGACCAAUCCAAUUCCAACAUAUUCGGUUGUUAAAACCAAUGGUGCUUCUAUCACCCUAGAAGAUGGUAGGGAUUUAGUUGAUGGUAUGAGUUCUUGGUGGUGUCAAAUUCAUGGAGGCUGUAAUCCAGAAUUGAAUCAAGCCAUUUAUGAUCAAGUACCAAAAUUCACACACUUUAUGUUUGCUGGAGUCUCUCAUGAACCUGCCACAGAGUUGUCAAAGAAAUUGAUUGAGAUUACACCAGAAGAAUUAGACAGUGUGUUUUAUGCUGAGUCGGGCUCUGUUGCUGUUGAAGUUGGUUUAAAAUUGGCACAUUUAUACUGGCAAGGAAAGAAAGAAAUGGGAGAAAGCAAGUUACCUAAAGAUCGUUUUCUCACUGUAAACUAUGGUUAUCAUGGUGAUACUUUUGGAGCAAUGUCAGUUUGUGAUCCUGUUAAUUCUAUGCAUAGAACUUAUAGUGGUUAUUUGACUCAAAACUAUUUUGUUAAUACACCUACUACCAAAUUUGGCGAAACUUGGAAUCCAAAAGAUAUCUCUGAUUUUGAAUCAACAUUGAAACAAAAUCAUGAAAGAAUUGCAGCAGUUAUCUUAGAGCCAAUUGUUCAAGGUGCUGGUGGUAUGAGAAUAUAUCACCCUCAAUUCUUGAAGAAAGUUAAAGAGCUUUGUGUUGAAUACAAUACUUUAUUGAUACUGGAUGAGAUUGCCACAGGAUUUGGUCGUACAGGUAAAUUAUUUGCACAUCAACAUGCUGAUAUUGUACCAGAUAUCUUACUUUGUGGGAAAGGUUUAACAGGUGGUUAUCUCCCUUUAUCUGCUGUUUUAAUGACAAGAGAUAUUGCAAACUUUGUAUGUGAAAGCCCAGCUAAAAGAUUUUUUCAUGGCCCUACAUAUAUGGCCAAUGCUUUAGCAUGUGCUGUUGCUAAUAAGAGUUUGGAGAUACUUUCAAGAAAUGAAUGGCAAUCACAGGUCUCAAACAUUGAGAAAACGUUCCAACGAGAAUUAUUUGAGAAAAUUGAAAGCCUGAAUCUUAGCUAUGUUGAAGAUAUGAGAGGUAUUGGUGCACUGGCAGUUAUUCAAUUAACAAAACCAUAUGAAACUGAAGUUUUGCAAGCAAAAUUUGUUGAUGCUGGUGCUUGGGUCCGUCCCUUUGGUAAGCUAAUAUAUUUGAUGCCACCCUUUGUUAUCACUCAAGCGCAACUUAAUACUUUAUGUGAAGCAGCCGUGAGUGUUGUUAAGAGUUUAGAAAGUCUAUAA